UUAGCCUAUUCCACAACGGAACAAACAUACUUAAAAAAAGUUCUCUCUCAUUUAUUAAAAAUACUUUAAUUGAAUGAAAUAUAAUUGAUUUUUACUUAAUGUGACCACGAGUUUAUUGUGUUUAAAAUUUUUAUUAAAUAUCUAAUUACACAGUAUUUCAUAAAAUUUAACAAAUAAAACAAUGGAUAAUAUUCUAAAAGAUAACCGCUUUACAAAAUAUCUAAAUGACCCACGUUACAAACAAAUUCCUAAGCAUGAACGAAAGGUUAAAAUUGAUAAAAGGUUUCAAUCUAUGUUCAGUGAUGAGAGAUUUAAAGUGAAAUAUACGGUGGAUAAGCGAGGACGACCAAUCAGCGAAACCUCUACAGAAAAUUUACGAAAAUAUUAUGAUCUGGAGGAAUCUGAACAUAGUUCUGAUGAAAGCUCUGUCGAGGAUCCAUCAGCAGAGGACAGUGGUACGGCCGGUCUAUUCGUGAGGCGACCACCUAGCGAUGAUCAAGAAAAAAUAGAAGGGCAUAAGUUAAAAAAUGACAAAUUAGUGCGUGGCAAACUUGAUCAUAAAAUUAAACAAAGGUUAUUAGAUUUAGACAUAGAUUACGCUCGUGGAGAAGGAAUUCUUCUCACUGAUAGUUCUUCUGAUGAGGAGAGUACUGAAUAUGAAGAAGAAAGCGAGCUGGAGCAUGAAUGGGGAGAGUUAGAUGGUGAUGCAGGUACAACUGAUGAGUCUACUAGGAGAAUUGCCAUUUGUAAUAUGGACUGGGAUAACAUUAAAGCAACUGAUAUUAUGGUGCUAUUGAACUCUUUCCUUCCUACAGGAGGUGUUAUUCAUAAAAUAACGAUCUAUCCUUCAGAAUAUGGUCUAAAAAGAAUGGAACAAGAAGAGGUUCGUGGACCUAUAGAAUUAACUGAACAAGGAAAUGAUAAUGAUAAUGAAUUAUCAGAUAAUGGUGGAAAUGAAGAAGGUUCUACAUAUCACAUGGAGAAACUUCGCCGCUAUCAACUAAACAGAUUAAAGUAUUAUUAUGCUGUUGUUGAAUGUGACUCCAUAGCCACUGCUGACAAACUUUAUAGUGAAUGCGAUGGUAUGGAGUAUGAAAGCAGUGCAACACAUUUGGAUAUGAGAUUCAUACCAGAUGAUGUCACUUUCGAUCAGGAGCCUCGUGAAGUUUGUACUAAAAUGCCCGAUUUAACUAAAUACCGGCCGCGUUUAUUCACCACCACGGCGUUACAACAAGCUAAAGUUGAAUUAACAUGGGACGCCACUAAUCCAAACCGAACUGAUGUAAUACGAGGUGCACUCAAUGGUAAAAUCGACGACUUAGAUUUGAAGGAUUAUCUAGCAUCUAGCAGUGAAGAUGAAAAUUCCACAGAAGAUAAUUCUCAAUCGGACAAUGAAGAUGAAGAUCCCAUAAAAAAAUAUAAAAUGUUACUGGAUGACAUUGAACAUAAAGAAGAGAAAAAGAAAAAUAAAGAUAUGGAAAUGGAAAUAACUUGGGGACUUGGAAUUAAAGAGAAAGCUGAAGAACUAGUAAAAAAGAAAACUGAUGAAGAUAACAAGAACUUAACACCCUUUGAAAAAUUAUUGAAAAAGAGAAAAGAGAAGAAAAAGCAAAAGAAAUUGAAAAAUAAAGAAAAGUCAAAAUUAGAAGAAACUGCAUCUGAUGAAGAAAACAACUCGUCUGAUGAUAUUCCCUCUGAUAUUGAUAUGAAUGAUCCCUACUUUGCAGAGGAAUUCAAUAAACCUGAAUUUAAAAAUAGUAAAACGAUAAAUAAAAAUAAAAGCAAUAGUAAGAAUGGCGUGGAUGAAAUAGACGAAAAGGGAAAAGCACAAUUAGAGUUGUUAUUAGAUGACGAAGAUGGCAAAGCACAUUUUAGCUUGAAAAAAAUCCAAGAGGCAGAAAACCUAACGAAAAAAUCAAAAAGGAAAAGGAAACUUAAAGAAAAAAUAAUGGAACAAAAGCAGUCCCUGCCAGAUUUCGAAAUAAAUGUCAAUGAUGAAAGAUUUUCAGCAUUAUAUAAUUCGCAUCUUUAUAACAUUGAUCCGAGCAAUCCCAACUUCAAGAAAACAAAGAAUAUGGAAAAACUUAUUGAAGAAAAAUUACGUAGGAGGCCCACAGACUCACCGGCUGUAGAGGAAUCGCAAGCUAAGAAAUGUAAACAAGAUGCUGAACUUAGUUUAUUAGUAAAGAGUAUCAAACGGAAAACUAAAAAUGUAAAGAAAUAAAUAUUGUUUUUAUGUUGUUUA